CCACACAAACUUUGAUCGAAAAAUCAUCGAACUGGGACAUUCGUGAUUUCUUUAAUGAAUGUAGUUUGGGAUCGUAUCAACAAAAAAUAGAGGAAUACAUUUUAUCUUCUAAGACGAUUAUUAAUAGUGAAAAAGGUCAAAAAUGGUUAGCGAAAGUCAAGAAAGAAAAAAAAAGUACAUAUAUUGAAAAAGUUCCAUCGAUUGAAAAUGAUGUGGAAUCUAAUUCUGGCUGUUCUGAUGCAGAUACAACUAGUAAUGAUAAUUUGAUAAUGAGAAAUUCCAGAGGAUAUUGUGAUUUGGAUCCAAAUAAUGCUGCGAUAUUAGGUUACAUUGACGAAUUGAGUCCUACUCCUCCCACUGACAUUACUUGUAACGAUUGUAAUAAAGCUAUUUGA